AUGUCCAUGUCGCCAAACACGUCGCCGUCCUUUGACACACCAGGAAAUUCUUUUCCUGACCUGGAGACCAACCUGACCUCCUUCAACGCCCCCUUCGACCCUGGUCAUCUCAUAUCUCCACAGAUGCACAAUGCUCCCUUCCACUUCUCUAUCCCCGAACUUGGCGAUGGUCAGUCGCCAUCUUCCGCCCAAUUCCACCAUCGCAUGAGCAUCGGAAGCUCAGGUCCGCUACCGAGUCAAUUACAUCCUGGCAGCAUCGCCGACUCUGAUGCGACCAGUCCCGUGAGCGGCCAGGAUCCAGGAUCCGUAGGCCCCCGNACGAACCCUUCGACCGGCCACCCAGCCCCAGACGACCAGAAAGACAAGAACGACCCAACACCAGCAUGGGCAGAGCUCAAGACGAAAGCGGGAAAGGAGCGCAAGCGACUUCCCUUGGCCUGCAUCGCUUGCAGACGCAAGAAGAUUCGCUGUUCGGGCGAGAAACCCGCUUGCAAGCAUUGUCUGCGUUCUCGCAUACCUUGCGUAUACAAGGUCACCACCAGAAAGGCUGCGCCAAGGACAGAUUACAUGGCCAUGUUGGACAAACGUCUGAAGAGAAUGGAAGAGCGUGUCAUCAAAAUAGUGCCGAAGGAGGACCAAGGCCGGAUAGGAAUCAUUGGUAGAGCCGUCGUCAAGCCUGCUAUCCCAGGAUUGCCCUCGAAAAAUGAGAAAAAGAGAGCUGCCGAUACAGCUUUUGGCAACGAUAUCAAUGAUUGGUCAAAAUCAAAGUCUGGUGGCAGCGCAGAAGCUCGGUUGAGGAUAGGUCCUCAAGAACAAGAUGAACGUCAACUACUACAAGAUGGAGCCGACCAAUUGCCUUCUCACGAGUUGCAGAUCCAUCUGGCCGAAGUGUAUUUCGAUUAUGUUUACGGCCAGAGCUAUCAUCUACUGCAUAAACCAAGCUUCAUGCGAAAACUCGAAGUUGGACAGGUGCCACCGGUCCUCAUUCUAGCCGUAUGUGCCAUCUCUGCUCGCUUCUCAUCACAUCCCGACGUCAAGACGGAACCUGCUUUCCUACGAGGCGAGAACUGGGCCAGUGCAGCGAGGGAGAUUGCCUUGAAGAGAUACGACUCGCCAGAUAUCACAAUCCUCAUAGUCUACCUUUUGCUUGGUUUGCACGAGUUUGGAACUUGUCAAGGUGGUCGAAGUUGGAUGCUUGGUGGUAUGGCUCAGCGCAUGGCAUACGCCUUGCAAUUGCAUAAAGAUUUGAAUCACGACACUUCGUCACGCGCUACAGGGAGCAGUGCAGAGCUCACAUUCACUGACCGGGAGAUCAGGAGACGUACGAUGUGGGCUUGUUUCAUGGUAAUCAACUUUCGUCACGGCUGUAUCUCACCGAAUGAACGGCUAACGUGUUUANNGAUGGAUCGUUUCAACUCGUCGGGAACUGAACGACCACUCUUUGUCAACGAUCAGUACAUCCAGGCUCAACUGCCCGUCAAGGAACACUUUUUCCAAUUCGAGAUUCCGGGCACAACGGAAGUACUCGAAGGACCGAACUCUGACAGUGCUGAGAAUGCUGGACCACACGCGCUUUCAGCCACCGAGAAUAUGGGCGUGGCUGCAUACAUAAUCCGACUGGUAGCUAUCUGGGGUCGCGUGAUCCGCUAUAUGAACUUAGGAGGAAGAGAAAGAGACAAGGAGCCGAUGUGGUCUACUCAAUCAGAGUUCCACGCCAUAAAGGAAGCUGUCCGUGAAUGGCAGACCGAACUUCCAAAAUGGCUCGAAUGGUCGCAUGAGAAUCUCGAGACCCAUGCAAGCGAGAAGAUUGCCAAUCAGUUCAUCUUCAUGCAUUUGAUAUGCAACCAGAUUAUCUGUUUCACUAAUCGCUUCGCAUUGCCAUCACCAGGGUCGAAGUCGGCAAGCGUCAGGGACACUCCUCAGGUGUUCAUCACCGAAAGCGGAAGAGCGGCUUUGGAUGCAGCUAACCAGAUUUCAGUCUUGAUCAACGAAGCUAUGGAUCAUAGGGUGAUUGCACCGUUUGCUGGGUACUGUGCGUUCUUCUCCAGUACAGUCCACAUAUAUGGCGUCUUCUCGAAGAACCCAGCGCUUGAAGCAUCAUCUAAACAGAACUUGGCGACAAACAUCAAAUACCUGACAAGGAUGAAGAAACACUGGGGAAUGUUUCACUUCGUCACCGAGAACCUCAAGGACCUAUACCGAAAACACGCAGACGCUGCCUUCAGAGGCUCGCAAGCCGGCAACACUCAGAAGCCACAGGAGACGAUCUUCCAAUAUGGUGAUUGGUUCGACCGAUAUCCUCACGGUGUCAGUGGUACAGACUAUGAGGAGCCUGUCACGGACGUCAAAAGAGAGCCAGGCUCUGAUGCGGUAUUGGGUCAGAAGAACGAUCUCCAAAGUGUAGAAGAGUUUUUCUCGAAGUUGAGUCCAUCGAACAAGACCGCAAAACAGAAAGCGCCUAGGAAGAAGCGUGGCAAGGCAGAAUCUCAACCUAAAGCGACGGCUGUGACGGCGGCAGGAACGUCCGGGUCAGCUGCGCCUGACCCAUCGGGCUUCCCAAACCAGCAGCAAAACCAAGCACAGCCGCAAGCGCAAAGACAACAACAUUCAGCAGCUACGGUUUCUCAGAUGACGGCCGGGUCCUUGAACACCAACUUUGGCGUCCUGAGUCCCCAAAACAACACCAGUUUCCCUGACCAGUUGGCUAUGAUGCAACAGCAGCAACGGCAACGGCAGCAACCAGAUCAACAGCACCAACAAUACAGCAACAUGCUCGGUCUCGAUGCCAACAUGUCACAUUACCAAUCCAUCGAUCCUUCGUCCAACACCGCCAACCCCUUCUCCAUCGACCUCAACGCCUUCGACUUUGGAAUGAACAGCAACAACAACGCGUGGCACGAUCAAAGCUCUGCCUGGUUCAUGCCCUUCAACGUGGAUCCACCUUCCGUAGGCGCCGGCGGACUCGGCGACGAUGCAGGCGGCUUGUUCGCCGCAGACUCUGUCGGUGGAUUCGAUGUCAACUCCCUGUUUCCAGACUUUGGAGGCGCGCAUCCUGGGUUGCUGAUGCCAGAGCAUGGAUUCGAGGACAACGGCAACAACAAUACCGAGAACAAGUAA